CUUCCGGAAUGGAUCGGAUCGGACGAUCGGGUGAUCGCUCAAAUGCAAAUGACAGCCAGUCAGAUUAAACAUGACAGGUUGAUAUACAUUGCAGUAUAGUACUGAUUCAGACAUGGCCACGGAACGAACAGCAAGGGUGGACUUGGUUAAAACUAUUGAAAGCCAGAAAGAGCAACUACAGCGAUAUGAAAAAAGGCUCCGAGAUAUGGUCCAGGCCUACAAAGGCUUACUUAAGGAAAAGGAAGCAUUAGAUGCCAGCGUAAAAGGUCUUGUCAAAAUCCAGUAAGAAGAAAGGUCGCCUAGGCAACCUAACCGUCCACAAACAACAGACGAUGGCGGGGAUUCCUCAGCAGCAGAAAGUGAUACAGAGGGAAAGCAGUUUGAUGACCCCUUACAGUCAGCUGAAUCUGAAGAUACAGGCGAGCGAGAAGACCAGCUCCAGACACUGACGACCUCACUGAUUACCCUCACACAAGAGAAGUCGAAGCUCGAGGCCAGUUACGUCAGCGACAAGAAACGACUCAUACAAGAGAAUGAAGAUUUGUCUGGUAAACUGGAGGAACAGCAGAAGAAACACGAGGUGGAAAUCAAGUCUUUAGAACAGGCGUCAAAUGAGUUAAAAAACCGGAUCCGAUCUCAGCAGGCUGAGAGGGAGAAGGAACAGAAUGAUCAUGCCUCAAUGCUGAGAGAACUACAACGUCUGCUCGCUGAUGAACGCAACUCUAAAGAACAGUUAGAAAACCAGCUGGAAGACACCACAGCUGCCCUGAGAGAGAAGGAGAAACUUGUACCCAAUAUGUCGGAGCACUAUGAGACAAGGAUCCAGGAUAUGACCAAGGAGGUCAAGAAUCUGCGCUCCAAACUCCAUGACAUGGAGGUCAAGGCCAAGGAACCCUCACCACUGGUCCUCAGUCUGCAGACAGAAGUCGCUGAACUCAAGGCCCAGUACAGAGUGCAGGUACAGCAAGAACAACACAGGGUAAUUGAGGCAGAAAGUAAACUCAAACAACUAUCAGAGCAGAGUGAGAAAAGAGUGUCCACACUGGAAGCCAAGAUCUCAGAACUUUCGGAAGUUGUCGGUGAUUACGAGCGUCUCCGCUUCCAGGACCAGCAGACGACCCAGAAACUGAAGGAUCGGCUGGUUCAGCUGGAUAUGGAGAACACUGUUCUUGCCAGAGCAGCACACUCCCCAGGGAAGGCCAAACUAGGCGAUGACGAACAGGACCCGUCUAACCUAGAUCCUCACGUGUUGGCUGAUAAGCUGGUGACCUUGAAAGGGUUACUGAAACUGGCCAAUCAGAAAGCAGCGAAUCCUGUCGCAAUUGAUGAUCUGCUGCAAGAUGAUACGUCUGCAGAAUCAAAUAAAUACAAGGACGAGUUAGAGAAAGUGAAAGAAGAAUUUGAACGAUACAAACUUCGGGCACAGUCUGUACUCAAAAACAAAAGUACAAAGGAUGUUGGGAAUUCUAAAGAGGUUGAUAUGCUGAAGUCACAAGUUCAAGACUUGAAGGAAAAGUUAAAAAAUCUUCAUUUGCAAAUGGAUGAGGACAUGGAAAAUUCAAAGCACAGGGCUGGCACAAUGCAAAAAACUAUCGUGUCACUUCAGGAAAAACAUAAACAGGACAUAGCUACAAUGGACGCGGAGUGCAAACAGCGCGUUGGUGAAAUGGACAUAGAAUUGAAAAAACAAAGGGAGAGAACUGUGUCGUUACUGUCAGAAAAAGAUAGUGAAAUUGGACAUUUAAAAGCUGGUAAUGUUCAAGGAUCCUAUUAUAGUCACUUAAGGAAUCCGCCGGAUUCAGGUGCAUCUGCAGAACUACCGCUGGACGUGCUUCAGUCAAAGUCUGAGGAAGAACGUGCCGUGUCGCGGCUGCUAAAUCUAGGACAUGGUGACGCAAAUCUAAUUUAUUUCAGUCAGGAACAAGCGCGUAAGGACGUGGAAAUAAACUCUUUAAGGAAACAAAAACACGAACUCGAACUGGCACUAAGAGAUCUACAGAUUUCUGCUAGUACACAAGCAGAAUCUCUAAAAGAUACUCUUGAAAAUAUGAAGGAAUCGGUUAGAAAGAGUGAAAGAGACAGAGUACGAGAAGGGGCAAAUUUGGAAUAUUUGAAGAAUGUCACCUACAAGUUUCUCAUAAGUACAGAUCCACAUGCUAAACAACAAAUGAUGAACGCUAUCACAACAAUUCUACAGUUUAGUCCACAAGAGAAGGCUGUGGUUCAUACACAAUUCAGAGGGUGGUGGAAACAUUAAUAAGGGGAGGCAACUCUGUUUAGAGGAUUCCAGGGCCAUUUUCGUUUAUGCGGUCCAAAUGGUUGGUCCAGUUGAACUGGUGUCGUUCGUAUAUAUGAAAUAAAGACGGACCUGGCGGUUUGAUAUUUUUUUCAGACGAGCCUUGACAUAGACUCCCAAGGCCUGUAAACGAACAGGCCCCUGUGAUGGAAAUACUAUCAAGAGAAGGAAGAAACAUUAGUAAGGGGAGGCCACUCCACUUAGACUGUUGAAGCAGAUGGCCUCAGACCACAAUUAAUUUCCCUCUUUGUUCUACCAAAGAAAAAUCGAAAUUAAAAUAUUUCAGAAGUUUGCAAAAAAUCUGGCUUUCACAU